AUGGGCGUGUUCAGUCGGAUUCCUUCUGGCCUCGAUGAGGUAGAUGUGAUUAUUGCAGGCGGUGGGACCGCUGGCUGUGUUGUUGCCUCGAGACUCAGCGACGCGGACCCCAACUUGUCUAUCUUGAUCAUUGAAGGCGGCUCGGAUAACUACAAUGAUCCUUCUAUCAUCCACCCGCUGCUCUUUUUGAGCCACUUGAUGCCGACAAGCAAGAACACGCUAUUCUAUCAAGGCACCAAGGAGCCCAAGCUCGACAACAGGGAGCUGGUCGUGCCAUCUGGAGGCGUGCUCGGUGGCGGCUCAUCCAUCAACCUCUUGACGUACAGCCGGGCACAACGGCAAGACCUCGACUCAUGGAAAAUGCCCGGCUGGUCAGCGAACGAAUUACUACCGUUCAUGAAAAAGCUCGAAACAUACCACGGACCCGGCACGUCAGAAACCCACGGUGCAGACGGGCCAGUUCAGAUCAGCAACGGCACCUACCAUGCUACCACAUCAGAGAAUGAUUUUAUUCAAGCCGCGACCAAGAUUGGCUGGCCUGAGAAAGUCGAUAUUCAGAACUUAGAUACUAGUAAUGCCACUCAACGGAACUUGCGCUUCAUUAGCCCAGAGGGUCUGCGACAGGAUGCGGCCCACACAUAUCUACACCCUCGACUUCAAGAUGGCAAGCAUAAAAACCUACAUGUCCUCGUGGAGCAUCAAGUUAUACGCGUCUUAUUUGAGAACAAGAAAGCCACUGGGGUUGAGUAUCAGCCCAACUCAGCCUUCCAUAACGGUACUCCGACGGUCAAAACUAUCAAGUCUAACAAACUAGUCGUUGUUUCCGCUGGAGCCCUUGGAACUCCACUUGUACUCGAGCGAUCUGGCGUCGGCGACCCUGCGAUUCUUGCAAAAGCUGGCGUUGACGUUGUCGCGGAGGUGCCUGGCGUUGGUCGCAACUAUAUGGACCAUCACCUACUCACGUAUCCGUAUAGGUCAAGCCUGUUACCAAACGAGACAUUCGACGCCGUUUAUGGCGGCCGCGUUGAUAUCGGACAGCUAAUAGCCACUAAUAAUAGUAUACUUGGCUGGAACGCUGCGGAUGUUACCUCUAAGCUUCGGCCAUCCGACGCAGAAGCUUCUACUCUCGGUCCCGCCUUCCUGCAAGCCUGGAAUAAGGACUUUAAGAACGUUCCAAAUAAGCCAGUCUCUAUUAUAACUUCCCUCAACGGGUUCCCGGGAGACCCAACUGGCCUUCCAGUAGCCCAGUUCAUGUCGACGUCGACAUUCACCGUGUAUCCAUAUUCCCGUGGCCACAUCCACAUUACGGGCAAGGACCUGAGUGUUCCGCUCGACUUCCAAACAGGCUUCUUCUCUGAUGAGCAAGAUGUCGAUAUUAAGAAGUCCAUCUGGUCAUACAAGAAGCAGCGUGAGAUAUUGCGCCGCAUGGACGUAUAUCGAGGCGAAUACGCCCCAGGCCACCCACCCUUCUCCGCCGGAUCUGACGCGGCGUGCAAGGAGUUUGACACUCCCCUCAAGAACGUCCAGGACAUUGUGUACACGCCGGAAGAUGAUGCAAUCCUCGAGCAGUGGGUGCGCCAAAACGUCGGCAGUACAUGGCACUCCAUGGGAACAUGCAAGAUGGCGCCACAGUCCGAGUUUGGCGUCGUGGAUGCCACACUUAGUGUAUACGGCGUGAACAGCUUGAAGCUUGCAGAUUUGAGUAUCCCACCACAGAACGUGGCCGCGAACACAGGCAACACUGCCUUCGUUGUCGGCGAGAAGGCGGCAGACAUUUUUAUCAAGGAUCUAGGCCUCUAA